AUGGAUCCAAAUACAUGGACUGAUGCAACAGUAAAAAUGUUUAAAGACGCGCAACAAAUCGCUUUUCAGCGAAAGGCGCCGUAUAUAGUGCCGAUGCACAUGGUGCAAGCAAUCUUGGACGACGAGCAGAACAUUGUUGUCCGAGUGGUUCAGAUGUGUGGAGGUGACGUGAUGAGGAUGAAGAAUGCAGUUAAUGAAGAGAUUGGGAAAGUACCAGUGCAAGACCCUGCGCCUGUUGAAGUUGGUCUGCACCCAUCCUCACAACAAGUCCUGCGACGAGCAAUGGAAAAACAGAAGGUGAUGGGUGAUACGUACCUUGCACUUGACACAGUGAUCUUGUCACUUGUUGAGGAGAAAGAGGUUUGA